AUGCAUGUUGCUUUCCUUUACGCCAUUGGCACUCUUGCGCUCUCUGGCAAAAUGAGUGUUAUGGCUGCACCUAGAACCGCUAAUGUCACAGACGGUGCCCCUAGCGUCACUGCUGCGACAAGCCUGGCCUCAGCAACCUCAGUGCCGAAUGCCUAUGUCGAUCCGUUCUUCCAGAAUUUCACCAUGGUCCCUAACUCGUACACGGGUGCCUUCGGACCCAACGGCGAGACGCUGACUUUCAACGGAACCAUCCAGGAGGUUAUGCGGCAGGUCCGUGAAAUCAACCCCGGAUAUGAUUGGGACGGCACCGGAGGCAAUGGCGCCGCUUUUAAGUUCAAAAAACCCGAGUGGAGGGACCGACAUGUCUCGAAGAAAGACUGCGUGGGCCCCGACCCCAGAGGCGUUCGCCAAAGAUACAUCCAAGAUGGCAUCAAAUACCUCGUCAAUAGGAAGGACAUGGCUAUGGUCGACAAAACCGCCUGCACGCGGGUCAGCUGCUCCUGGGAUGCUGCUAUCUUCAUUUGCUACGAGCCACCUACCUCGUCGUCGUCCGCCACUUAUACCAACAGCUGGGACUACGUUGCCGCUUACGCCCAGGGCAUCAUUUCCGAGUGGUGUCCAAAGUGGUACUCCCCAGAUACGCGGUCUGCCUUUGCUGUCCGCGGCAGAGUUUGGGCUCCUGAUGGCCUUAUCGUGAGUGUUCAGUACGAUGAUUGUUAA